AUCACAGUCCGCAUCUCACCGCCCAGCUGGCUCGCGGAUCGCAGCUACGUAUGGUGAGCCCAGAUCCACGCGAUGAAAUGAAUUCGAUGUGUUGGCUGUUGAGUGUUUUUUCGACAAGCAAUGACAGAUUCCGCGUCUGCAAUCGCGCAAAAAACAGCUGAGAAGUGAAGGGUCAACAACACCGCAUGCCAUGGUCGCCGCCAGAAACACUCCUGUCUCAUUCGUGGGCAGUCGGCGAAUGUUGUCGUCACUUUCUGUCACACUACAAGAGAACGACCUCCUCACUGGCUCUGGGAGGUGAAAAGACAGCUAGAACCAACAGUCAUUUCACGGGGGGAACGGGUAUGGUGGCAGUAGUUGGCCAACCUGUUUGAGCAAAUCACACCUGUGGCGAAUAACGAUCGCCCAUGCAAAACAGCCACGAGUCGGUUCCUGAUGCAAACCCUGUCUUCCCUUGGCCUCUUCUCGUUUGACCGUCUUGCGUUGGACAAGCUAGGUAGCCACGGCCUGGUACUCCGCGUGCACCUGUUAAAAGGCUUCUGGGACAGAGACCACGAGGACAUCUUUCGAAGCCACAGAAACAUGGAUAUCUACCAAAGCUACGGAGUAUAUAAUACUGAGAGACUCAUGAGAAUCAACGCGCAUACGGACACGAAUACUCCCCUGACAAUUUGUGAUCGUCAAGAAUCCUGGCGAAGAGCACCAAAGUUGGGAAUCCGGCUUUCGCCCCCUGGAACUAAUGACGACGGGCUCUCGUUCCUGGUUCAAGCAAAUGCGCGAUGCCAAAUGCAGGAUUAGCCUUGACCUUGUCCCUACUUUGCUCUUGUCGCGGCAACCAGGAGAAUGGGUCGGGGCGCUGCUGGUGCCGGCCAACGGUGCAGUUUGUUGCUGAUCAAAUCUCCAGUCCACCUUGGAUUGGCUUGAACCUCUUCCACAAGUAUUUUGACCUGUGGCGCUGACGAUAGAUACCUCGAGUCGAGUGGGCCAUGCUUCUGGAAGUUUGGGGAUCCGUUACGGCGUAGUAUUAUUACCAGUAGAUUUGUCUCGAAAAAUUGGCAAAGGUAGUGCCACACUCCAAAGAGAUUACUUGGUGCAGCUGCUGAACUAUAAGGUGUCCAUAGCGAGUAAAGAAACUGAAAGUUUGC